AUGGAUAUUACUGCUUAUAACUUUCAUCAAAUGUUACUUGAUGAUCCAUUACUGGCAGACUAUUACAAUGCUUUCUUGCGACUACCGGUAUUUGGGCAAAAGCUUCAAUUUGAGCAUCAGAGCGGAACACUUUGUAAGCCAGAUCCAAAUCAAUCUACUCUAAAUAUUGGUAAUGCUACAAAAGGCUCGCAGCAAGAAAUUCCAACAGCAUAUAAAAAAGUUACUCGACGCGAAGCUGUUUUUAACUGGAACAUUGUUGAACGAUUGCCUUAUUUUUUAAGAACGCGCAUCUAUCAAGAAUAUAAACUAUGUAAAUUAUUGAUUAAACGAAUUGAUAUGAAACGUGGAUCUUCAGCACGACAUUCAGCAAAUUCUAGACGACUUGGAGGUUAUAGUUGCAGUCAAUCUAAUGUUACUUCCAAAACAUAUAGUUCGACAACGCGAAGGCGCUUAGGAUCAGCGCCUGGCCGAUCCGAUGAUAUUGCUACAGUUGUCCAUAAGCAAUUUGCAAGAGCACAUCCAUCGGCAUCAAUAAGACGAAGGCCCCAGAGUAGCAUCGAAGCGCGUCAAAAACAUGAUCCUGAAUAUCAAGAUGUUAACUUAUCCGAUAUCCGUCAGCCACCCGUUUAUAAAAGACCAAAAAGUGGCGCAUUUAGUUUACCACCAAUGUUAAGUAAAUCCUACUCCAAACAUAGCCAGCAUUCGACUAAGAGUAGUGAUACCUACGAUGAAAAUCAGAAUUAUCCAACUCAAGAUGACCAAUCUUAUGAUGGAAGCGGCAAUGGAAAAUCGCAAGAUGGAAAUCGAAAUAGUUCAUAUCAAAAAAGUAUGCCACUAUCGGCAGAUGCUAAAGCUUCCGGAUUCACAUCAGCCGAUACUGGUUUAGGUACAAUGUUAACAAAUAGUCCAUCAAAAACUAGGAGAAGCCAAGGUCAAACUAGAGGAGGAUUAACUACAGCCUAUGAUAGUGUGGGCCACAUUGCUGAGGAAGAUGAACAACUCGGCCAUGGUGAUUUUGAACAAGUUUAUGGCCAAGAUGAAGGAGAUACCAUUAUCGAUAUGACUGAUGAACUUGAUCAAAUUUUCGAUGACAUUGAAACUACCGACGAAGAAAACGAUAGUCUUGAUGGAGAUCAAGCAUUUAGUAAAGGGAGUGUUAUUGAUUUCUCUAGAGGAGAUAGUGAAAGUUUACAGGAUACACAAAGGACUGAAGCCGAUAUUAAAAGUUUAGCCGACAAAUGGAAAAUGAGCCUACAUGAUCUUAAAGUUCAGAUUUUGGGCUCGUUGUCCGGAAUGAGCGUAUUUAAAAAUUAUUUAAGUGGUACUACCGGUGAAAGUUUAUUUCAAUUUUGGCUGGAUGUUGAAUAUUAUAAAGAGAAAUGUUCAAAGUAUCUCCAUGAUACUAAGGAAUGGCGCUUGAAGCUAGUUAGAGCAGUAACUGGAACUCUUAAUUAUAUUAACAUGAUAUAUGUAGCUUGUACAUCAAGAGAAAUCGAAGACAAAUAUAAGUCCAAAUUGACCGAUGAUGCUAAGGCUCAGAUUCGUAAAGCCAAGAAAGAUGAGGGCAUUAGCCAUACGUUGUUCGCAAAAGCGCAAUAUGAUAUCUUGCGAAGAUUGAGAUCGUAUUGGUGUAAUCGAUUUCUCCUCCAUGUCGAGAAAGUUCCAUCAUUGAGAUUCUUACCUAGUAUUACCAGUACAGAUAUUCCAGUAAAUUUAAUUCUUUAUACUUAUACAAGUAUAUCUACUUACGGUGCUACUUUUUAUCACUAUAGAGCGAAAUUGAAAGAGGAACUUGCUACUCAUCAAAUUGAAGAUGUCGAUAAUAUUUUAAAGCAAAGAGCUUAUCAGAGUUUAACUUUUUUACCUACAUUGAGUCCUCGACGAAAUACAUCGGCUCCAUUAGAUCCAUUUGCUAGUAAGGCACCAGAAGUGGAAGAUAAGGUUGAAUUUUUAAAUCCAACCGGUACAAGGGGUAGUAGCAGGAAAAAGACUCGAUCCGCCGGUAUAAGAUCUAAGAUUCCAUUUACAACGGAGAUAUUUAUUGCUGGUUUGAGCCAUGAUACUUUAGCUGGUGAUCCAUUUAUCGCUUAUUUAGAAAGGCAAAAACUAUCGCAAGCGAUCUCUAUUUGUUCAUUUUGGAAAGAAAUUAGCAGUAUGGAAUCUGUUGAAGAAUUAAGUUCAAAUCGACGCUAUCAGUUAUCAGUAGCUUGGAGCUUAUGGAAGCGAUUUAUUAACAAAGAAGGAGAAUGUUACAUUGGGGCAACCACAGAAGAAGAAGAAAAUAUUCGCCAAUUCUUACAACGAGAAGAUCAGCAAUCAUUGUACAGUGCUGGAUUUUAUGCUAUUAAGGCUCGAGUUGAAGAAAUUUUACGUAACCAUUGGAAAGAUUUUUAUGAAACCGAUAUUCGCGGCUUUUUGGAAGUCGAAUAUGGCACCUUUAAUGAAUUCGCAACUACACCAUCGCAUACACCGAGAAAUAGAAGUCGUAUUAGUUUUCGCGACAUGGUUACAGUCUAUCCAUCAUCUUGGAAGAGACGUCCUGAUUCAACAGCUUCAGAACGUGGUGUUCGGCUACAUCGAGCAUUAACGCUAGCCGAUGAUAAUAAUUACGUUUACAUGGCUCUGAAAAAUGCAAAAUAUCGAAUGAAUAUAAAUAAGCGAAAGUUAGGAUCGCCAAGCGAACGCACAGGUUCAUCCGCCACUGAAAAGAGGAUCAGCAAAAGUGCUCAACAGCGUACUCUAAAUAUGAUUAAGGAAGGAGUUAAAGCACAAACACUUAUGCAAGAAAAAGAUGAUGAUCAAGUCUCGAUUGAAAGCCAUCGUAGUAUUACUCGGCCAUUGUCAUUUAUUUCCUUUACGGAUGAUAAAUUAACUAUGGACUCCUUUAAAAAUUUCAUCCAAAAAAAUGCCGAAGAAAAACAUUUUAAUAAAUUACUGCUCUAUUUGGAUAUUGAAGUAUUUAAAAAAAUUCCAACCGUCAAGAAAUCACAGCGAAAAGUUCAGUCAUAUCAUAUCUUAAAGGUGUACAUCAAGCAAGAUGCAAGAAGAAAUGUGCUCAUACCGGAUAAGCUAUAUAAUAGCAUUAAGAAGAAUCCAUCUAAUCCUCCCAAAGAAGAAAUUCUAAUAGCAAUCCAGGAUUUUAUCCGUCCACAAUUGGAUAAUAGUUUCAAGAAAUUUAUGAAGGUCCAUCUUGCCGAUCAAUAUAAAAGUAUUCGAGUUGAACCCGAUGAAGACGGUAAGGAGCCCGAGAAACGGCCUGGCAGUACUACGCGUAGCAUUGUGGUAGCCUGGAAAAAUAGAAGGAAAGGCAGAGGAAAAACACCAGGAAGAAUUCAACCAAUUAAAGUCGAAAAGGAAUCUUUCCUACAAGCUUUACAAGAAUGUGCAGCUGGUAAAUUAACGAUAGAAAUGGAAUACUUUAAACGGUUUUUAUCGCAAUGUGGAGAAGAAGAUGGCUUCCCAUUUCUUGUCAAUGAUUUAUGCUUUUGGUUGGAAAUACAAAAAUACAAGGAAAUGGCUAUUGAUUAUUCCGAUGAGCACAUUCUUAGAGGCAAAGCAAAUGUUAUCGUUGAAUGUUACCUUUUAUCCCAAUCGCCUCCUCCUGUGCAGGUCGACGUUACACCCGAAAUUGCUUAUAGAAUUGUACAGAGUUUCCGUUACAGUAGAAACUUUAGCAAAGAUAUGCGAGAUGGGGCAAUCUUUGAUGAUGCGCAAGCUUGCGUUUUUCGCGAAUUAUUAAUGUACUGGGCUGGAUUUCAGCAACAAUAUAUACCUCCACAACCUGGUGAAAAACAGUUCAGGAUGCCGUGGUAUUCAAAGCAGCAAAAAAUGAUGAUACAGCGUUAUAAAGACUUUCAACGUCAUAUACCCAUUCCGCUACCUGUCGAACCACUUAUACCUGAUAUUCUAGAUAGCUGGGAGAAUUUGCACUUGUCAUUUACAUUGUCGAGGGGUGUCAGAUGGAGAACGGAUAAGGAAUUGCAAGAUGAAGAAUCUUCUCAGACUCAAGGUAACAAUUUCAAGAAUCGUCCUGCAGCUCAUCUUACUUCUUCUACUCCAUCAUCUUUAGAUACCGACUUUAGUCUUUAA